CUUCAUGUAGUCAUUCAGGAACCCAGGUUCCUUCCGUAUCUUUGCUGCGUCAGCCCCUUUGAAGCAUUGUUGAAGCUGGGUCCCUGGCACAUCAGUGUUCCAACUCAAGGGAAGAGGAAAUGGAGCAUGGACGAGCAAAAGCCUUAAGGGCUACUUCUGUUUUCGUCGUAUUGGAAAAAGUCACAAAGCCACCCUCAGUUGCAAGAGCAGCUGGAAAGUGCGGUCUCUGUCAGACCAGCCACUUCUCUGGCUACUACUAUAUUGUUAUAGACUCUAUAGUCUAUAGAGGAGGAGGGGUUUUGGUGGACAACGGGCAAUUGCCACCACAUCUCCUUUCUCCAGGUCAUUCCCGUUUGAAAGUCCAGAGCCUUCAGGAAAUCUUUUACUGUGACCCUCAACACCCUCCUCCUCACCCAAGCCCCUUCUCCACCACAUCCCCAACAGUACAGAACUAAUUGCUCCCCUUUCACACCUCUGUGCUUUUGCACAUGCCGUUCCCUCUGCCUAGAAAUCUCCCCUCCAUCUGGCAUAUAAGACAAGGUCUAUUAUUCUCUCUCCAGCUCGCCUGCUCCAUCAGGCCCCCCACCACACCCCACACAUACACAAAUAUGACACUCCAGAAAUGUUUGCUGAAUGGAGGCAACUUCUUGGGUCAGACAUUAGCCAGGGCUAGAGCUUCCCAAACUUCUCCCCCAAGCACUCCUUAAGAAAGUGAGGACGGAAUGGGACCCCAGGACUUAGGAAUGUGAGGGUCUUAAACUUGCUCUAAGCAAGCAGGGUAUUUCUCGUUUUAUGUUUAUAUUUUAUGCAAAAAUUGUAUUCAAUGCAGAUUACACACAUAUCCUUGUUUGUCUUAAUACAAAAUAUUAUUUUUCCCAAAUCCUCAAAUUGAUGAUCCUUUUUACUCGUUAGCCUCUCAUACUAGCUAACGCGCCCCUGUCCACCGCAGGAACCCUAAGCAAGACCUGGAUAUUGUUCCAUGUGCAAACCCUGAAGAAACAGCUGGGUUUCGCUCCCCCGGGAGCGGGAGAAUGGUGGGGUCGGAGAGGGGGUCCAACGACUGGAGGCCCGACCCCGCCCCUCUUCUGCCUUACCCGCCUGGGGGGGCGGAGUCGCGUGGGUCCCGCCCACGGGGGCGGGGAGGGAGUCGCGGCUGCCGGCAGCUCCAGCUCGGCUGGUUCCGGGUUGAGAGGCUGCACUGGGACCCGAGCAGUGGCCGCUGAGCCGGCGGGGCGCCUACUCCUGCCUCUCUCGGCCUGCUCCCCGCACCCACCCCUCGGUGCUGCCCCCGACAGCGCUGCGGUCUCUCAGCCACCCUCCUGCAUCUCUGGCCUCAGUCUCCGCCGCCCCCGGCGCCAUGGCGUGCAGCCUCAAGGACGAGCUGCUCUGCUCCAUCUGUCUGAGCAUCUACCAGGACCCGGUGAGCCUGGGCUGCGAGCACUACUUCUGCCGCCGUUGCAUCACCGAGCACUGGGUGCGGCAGGAGGCGCAGGGCGCCCGCGAUUGCCCUGAAUGCCGGCGCACGUUCGCCGAGCCCGUGCUGGCGCCCAGCCUCAAGCUGGCUAAUAUCGUGGAGCGCUACAGUGCCUUCCCGCUGGACGCCAUCCUCAAUGCGCGCCGCGCCGCGCGACCCUGCCAGGCGCAUGACAAGGUCAAGCUCUUCUGUCUCACGGACCGCGAGCUGCUCUGCUUCUUCUGCGACGAGCCCGCGCUGCACGAGCAGCACCAGGUAACUGGCAUCGACGACGCCUUUGAAGAGUUGCAGAGGGAGCUGAAGGAGCAGCUUCAGGCCCUUCAGGACAGCGAGCGAGAGCACACAGAGGCGCUGCAGCUACUCAAGCGACAGCUGGCAGAGACCAAGUCUUCCACCAAAAGCCUGCGGACCACCAUUGGUGAGGCCUUCGAGCGGCUGCACCGGCUGCUGCGGGAGCGGCAGAAGGCCAUGCUGGAGGAACUGGAGGCAGACACAGCACGCACGCUGACCGACAUCGAGCAGAAAGUCCAGCGCUACAGCCAGCAGCUGCGCAAGGUGCAGGAAGGGGCCCAGAUCCUACAGGAGCGGCUGGCUGAAACCGACCGGCACACCUUCCUGGCUGGGGUGGCCUCGCUGUCCGAGCGGCUCAAAGGGAAAAUCCAUGAGACCAAUCUGACAUACGAAGACUUCCCAACCUCCAAGUACACGGGGCCCCUGCAGUAUACCAUCUGGAAGUCCCUGUUUCAGGACAUCCACCCAGUGCCAGCCGCCCUGACCCUGGACCCAGGCACGGCCCACCAGCGCUUGAUCCUGUCUGAUGACUGCACCAUCGUGGCCUACGGCAACCUGCACCCACAGCCGCUGCAGGAUUCGCCGAAGCGCUUCGACGUGGAGGUGUCGGUGCUGGGCUCCGAGGCCUUCAGCGGUGGCGUCCACUACUGGGAGGUGGUGGUGGCGGAGAAGACCCAGUGGGUGAUCGGGCUGGCACACGAGGCCGCAAGCCGCAAGGGCAGUAUCCAGAUCCAGCCCAGCCGCGGCUUCUACUGCAUCGUCAUGCACGAUGGCAACCAGUACAGCGCCUGCACCGAGCCCUGGACACGGCUAAACGUCCGCGACAAGCUUGACAAGGUGGGCGUCUUCCUGGACUACGACCAAGGCCUGCUCAUCUUCUACAACGCCGACGACAUGUCGUGGCUCUACACGUUCCGCGAGAAGUUUCCCGGCAAGCUCUGCUCCUACUUCAGCCCGGGGCAGAGCCACGCCAAUGGCAAGAACGUGCAGCCGCUACGGAUCAACACCGUCCGCAUCUAAUGCAGCGGAGGGAGACGGGCGCCUGGACCCUGACCCCCAGGAGACGCCCAGCUCGGCCGCCCUGAGCUCUCACUCAGGCCAGUUGUGUGCCCUUCGGCCUCCCUUUCCUUGUCUGUAAAAUGGAGGCUAUGCUCCAUGAUUCCUAAACGCUCUUCCAGCAUUGAUGUUCCGUAGCUCUGACCUUGCUGGGGAUCCAGCUUCGGUCCAAGGAUAUGACAUGUCUUCUCCUCAGGGCAGCCCCUGCCCAACCCUCAUCCCCAUCCUCCCAGGGGCAGGGGACUGUCUCCCUAUGUCUCCCUCCUGCCCACAUGCCCUGACAUCAUGCUGUGUCAGAGUGUUGUUGUUACCAGCAGUUGGCAGCCCGAAAGCCACACAGAACCCUCUUCUGCUCCCAGGCCUAAGACUUGCCCCUGACCAAGCUAAUGUCCGGCCUCAGCCCACAGUGGACACAGGCAGCAGCUGGUCCUAGGGUGGCCUGAGAACACCCUCUCCUUCCACCUCCGGGCCAAGAGCUUUAUGGUUCCUGCUUUCCCCACCUAUCUGCAGGUAGAGAUGAUGCUGUGGCCUGUGGAAGGACCCCAGUAGUUGAGCCCACACGUUGCAGUCAACUGUGUCACCACUUUCUUACCCACAGGUCUAAAGAUAGGACGAUGGCACAUCCCAGAGCUGAUGCAGAGCCCAGUAGCCUAAAGGCAGCUGUAGGACAAGCAUCAUUGGAUGAAGGAGAUCCCGAGCAGCUUGGAUAAGGGUCCAACCAGGCCUCUGUGACCAGGCUAGGGUGUGGGGAGGCCGCGGGGAGCAGUUGUGUUAGUCAGGACCUGAGGACUGGGAUGGGCUGUUGGCUGGGACCUCUCAUCAGGCUUGAAAUCUAUCUCUGUUAAGAUCCUGUUGGAGAAAACAAGAGCUUCUUUAGCUAGCUUAAUUAGAUAGGAUUUAUGAACAGGUCCCUGAUGGCUUUGCAAAAUGAAGAGCUGGAGGAGCAGACUUUUUGCUGAAUUUCCAGGAACAGCUCCCAGAUGCCAGAUUCAUCAUGUCUCUCCUGACCAGGAACACUGCUCCCAUGUGCAGCAAGCCCCUGCUUCAGGAAGCCGCGGACUGCUACUCUCUGUGCCAGCAAAUGGAUGUCCUGAGGCCUGUCUCUUUCUCGCUCAAUUCAGUUCCUAAAUCCGAAUCUCUAUGAGGGAUUCUUUUUGAGGAAAUGUAAAUCAGAUCCAGAACCCUGGCUGCAAGGGGGUCUGGGAAAUGUAGUUUUCUUCUUUCCAGCCUCAGCCAUACAAAGAGGCCCAGCAGAAGGAAGUUAGAAUGGAUGCCGAACAAGCCCAUCCACGGUGUUUGCCAAUGGAGUCUACCUCCAGGCCUUGGCUUUGAAGCAGCAAAGCCUCUAGAUGUCCUGCUCUGUGGCUCUGUCCCUGCCCAGGGGCAGGAGCCUGAGGGACGGGCCGGCAGGACCGAGCUGAAAUGUCUCUCCAGCCUUGGCUUUUCUUUCUAGUCCUGGGGCCUAGAUUCUGAACUUGGAGCCUCUGACCACACCCAUCCCAAAGGCGUCAGAACUAACUGAACUUGGGGGGCUCCCACCUCACAACUGCUGCCCACCGGGGCCUCGCUUGGGCGGGAGGACUCCUCCGUCACACCCCACCCCUUCAUCUACCAGAAUCUGGGCCACCUCCAGCAGUAUUUUUAUUUUAAAUGUUGCCCAUUUUGUGAGUUAUGAUGAAUUUGUAUUAAAUUAAAGUU